AUGGCUGCCCUACCAAGAGUAGAAUCAAAACAUCUCUUCAACUAUUGCUUAACUGGGAUAUACGAUGAAGAAGUCGCGGCUGAACAUGCGAAAGCAAUGCAGAUAUUUACGAGUGAUAAGUCAAACAAAGCAUUGUUAAACCCAGCGAAGUUGGAUUGUCAAGAAAUGUCCUCUGUCAUGAGACGUUAUGUAACCAAACUGUUCACGGAGCUUGGAGAGCAUCCUAGUCUUGUUGAAGCUGUGGAAGGGUGUACACACACGAAUUUCGAAGUGCCACCUAGAGAUGGAAACGAUUAUUCAGUGCCUGUUCUGGUACAUACUCCGAUGUAUUUAGCAGGGCAGAACGACAGCAAAAAAGGGAAUGCUGCGAUGAUUUACGCCCAUGGAGGUGGGGUCGUAAGCGGAACUGCGGAAGAGUUCAAACCCUGGUUAUCUGAUAUUGCAGUCAAGACCGGAAUCGUAGUCUUCAAUGUGGACUAUCGACUGGCACCAGAGACCAAAUGCCCGAAAAAUGCCCUUGAUUUUUACUGUGCAGUGAAACAUGUAAUCGAGAAUGCCUCAGAUUUAGGUAUUGAUCCAGACAGAAUUAGCAUUUGUGGAGCCAGUGGUGGUGGGUACAUUGUCAUGGCUGCUAUGGUCAUGCUUGCACAAAAGGACGAAGGACACUUAAUUAAACUGGCUUUACCAUGCAUACCCAUGAUAGAUGACUAUGAAUUUGGAGACACCAACAGCAUGACCAAAGAAGAGAGGGAAAAUUUUGCAGGGAUGCGAAAGGUUUGGGAAUGCUUAGCCACUGACCUUGAAGAGCAGAGAAAGAAUUCUGAUCCAUUGCUGUUUCCAGCUAAGGCGCCGGAUGAGCUGCUUGCAAAGAUGCCACCAACCAUCAUAUGGGAAGUUGAAUUUGAUUUUUUCAUCACAGCAGCUACAAGAAUGGCCAAUAGAUUGCGGGCUGCAGGGCGCCUCCUAGAAUUUUAUGUUGCCCCAGGGGUAACACAUGGUGGAGAUAUCAAUCCAAAUUUGAAAGUGUAUCACAGAAACAUCAAGGACAUAAAGUUGGCCCUGGAAGCCUAUUUGUUCUAG